AUGAUCUUGCUGUCAUUGUCAGGAUCUGAAAACUCGAGUUCUUGUCCCAGGAGAAAGUCGCUCUCAAAGAGGCAGAACUCGUUGUCAGGCCACGGAUUCAGAUCACUGCAGUCUCCCGAAGGCCAUUACAAGCUCUCGCGCAGCAGGCGCCGCCGGUGUGCAGAGGAGGGAACCUCCAGGUUCAAGGGGAUCUCCUCGCCAACGCGUCAUGCGGCGAAUCUCGGACCACAGAGUCCAGAAAAACGCUGAAAGACACGCAAAUAGGCGACGUUUUACAGCAGUGGGAGGAGCCGCGAGAGCUCGCGCGGCCUCAGCCGCUCAGUGGGAGGAGCCAAGCGAUGGUGCUGAGCUGAUAACGCACUGAGCGGAGGGAUGAGCAUUUGAUGAACAGAAAACAUUUCAUGUGAGAAGAAAACAAUGAUGACCUUGAUCAGGGAACUAUUUUCGUACUUCCUCACAAUGCUCUCUUUGCCAAUGUUCAGUGUCAGACCAUAAACAACAAACAAAGACACACAAACAAAAGGGGCUCGAUCCUCUCAUGCUGUUUUAGCUGGGCUGUCCAGCUCUGUACAAUGAAGAGACCCAAGCAGCAGUCACAGUCCCUCAGUUUUCUCAGCUUCUUCAGCCGAAAGCCCAAAUCUGACCCCAGGAUUGAGAAGCCCAACGGGACUUUAAACAAGGAGGAAGUGGCCAUCACUCUCACGCCCAAUGAGCAUGAGCAUGUGGAACAAGACCGGGCUCACAGUGGUGUUGGAUUAGAGGGCGGUAGGAAUGGAGGAGAUCCUGGGAAAGGGGAAGGAGGUGGAGUGGGAGAUGACGAGGGAUGUGCGGAGUGUGGGAGCAGUGGCUCAAUGGGUGUACUGUCCUUGUCCUCCUCCAGUCAGGAGCAGCUGCUGGAGCACCUGGUCGAGUGCCCGCUCUGCCUUCUGAGUCAACCACGAGGCCACUUCCCUCGCUUGUCCUCCUGCCAGCAUCGUGCAUGCACCGACUGCUUGCGCCAAUACCUACGCAUCGAGAUCUCAGAGAGCCGCGUGGGUAUCGCCUGCCCACAGUGCCCUGAAGUUCUGGCUCUGCCCGAUGUCCGUGCCAUUCUGGAUGACGGUGCACUGCUGGAGCGCUUCGAAGAGUUCCAGCUGCGACGCUUUCUGGCUGCUGACCCGGACACGCGCUGGUGCCCGGCACCAGAUUGCAGCUAUGCAGUGAUAGCUUAUGGCUGUGCUGAGUGCCCCAAGCUAAACUGUGGCCGGGAAGGCUGUGAAACUGAGUUUUGCUACCACUGCCGCCAGCUGUGGCACCCAGACCAGACUUGUGACCAAGCCAGACGUCAGCGUGCUCGCCACACGUCAGGAGCCAAUGAUGUCUCCACGCUCUACGUGUUCAAUGAGGAGCCUGGUGAUGCAGAGGAGAUCAAGCCCUGUCCACGUUGUGGUGCCUACAUCAUGAAGACUAAUGAUGGCAGCUGCAACAGAAUGAACUGUACAGUGUGUGCUUGUCAGUUCUGUUGGCUGUGCAUGCAGGAGAUCACUGAUGUGCACUACCUCAGUCCCUCAGGCUGCACUUUUUGGGGAAAGAAGCCGUGGUCGCAGACCCGCAAAGUUUUGUGGCAGGUUGGCAUGCUGCUCGGGGCUCCGGUGGUGAUCUCACUCAUAGCAGGCAUUGCGUUACCAGUCAUCAUUGUGGGCAUCCCCAUUUAUAUGGGCCGCAAGGUUCAUGGUCGCUGUAAGAAAAACAAUAUCUCAGGAAGUAAGCAUUAUCUGACAGUGGCCAGCGGGGUCAUGAUGUCUGUUUUUGUGUCUCCAGUCAUCGCAGCCAUUACUGUGGGGGUGGGGGUGCCUCUUAUGUUGACGUAUGUCUACGGGGUCGUGCCCAUGUCGUUGUGCCGUAAUGGCUGGUGCAGGCCACAAACUGAACCUCCUGAAGUACGGAACAUACAGUUGGAAGAUCUGGCAAAUUAUCUUCUAUUUUCUCAUGUAGUCAGUGAUCACUGGACCGGCCAGACCAACCCAGCUCUAUCCGACGGAAGCAUACAGGAAGUGAGUGUGAAUGUGGAGGAAGUGAUGUCGCUUCCCAGCACCAGUGUGGUCCAGUCUGGAGCAAAGGGCUCAGUUGAAUCUUCUAAUGAUGGACAUGUUGACAGCACUGAGCAGGUUGUUCAGUCAGACGAUGUGGAUGUAGUUGAAGAGUGUGCCUUCAGCAGCACACAAACAUUUGCUCUGAGCAGGGAAGGGACUAAUAUUGAGGUCCGUGUGGAGAUCGAGGCCCAGCCACGGGACGGCCGGAAGCCAAGUCUCAGCAGUAUUCUGUCUAGCAAGAGCCUGUCGGUGGAAUCGCUCAGCCAGCCCUGUGAACCUCUGUGUGCCUCUCAACAGACAGGGAGCACCAACCCCAUACCAUUUCCUGAAAUAGACAGCGCCUGAGCAAAUCCUGGAAAACCACUGCUUCCACGACCCACCUACACUCCCACCGGGUGCUUCCAGCCUCUGCUUGCAAACGCAGAGAGUCAGCGACAUGGAAACCAACACACAGAGAGCGUGAAAGAAAAAAAGAGAGGGGGAGAUGAAGAUGAGAGUCCAGGGCAGCUGCCAAAAUGUCACGGAGGGGAUUAAAGAUGAUCAUAUGAACUCAAAUGACCAAGCGCAUGUUUGUCAGCAAGUUUGAGGAGUGCUAACCGAUUUUAUACUGUGUUCUAUAGAAGACAUUGCCUAUUUGGAUGCUGGUCUGUUUAAUUUAUUCAUUUAGCUUUUGUUUUAGCUAUACCCUUUUAUCUAAUGACCAUAUGGUUCGUAUCCCCUGAAAAAAGGAAAAAUAAUUAAACUACGGAUUAAUAGCAUGGUUCAUUCUGCCACAGUUGCUAGCCUGACAUGUCAUGUGACUAGAAACAUGGUGAGAUGUAACUCUUAUGCUGCAGGCUAAUGCUAACUUGGGUAAUGGGCUUCCCCCCAUGGUUCAUUUCAAAUUCAUUUGAAUUAUGCAAUUUUUUACUUAACUGUUGCAUUUUCAUGAAGGAGCAGCAAAAUCUGGAUUUAGGUCUAGAAUUAGCCUUCAGCAUCAUGCUGUUUUUAAUAUGGUCUGAUUAUGAUAAUAUUAGGUCAAAACUGAUAAUCUUAGGGAACUCAAACAUCAUGAGGACUCUGAUUUUGAGUGAUUCUCAGAAAACUGAUGAUCUUGUUUUACUCUGUUCACUUUUAGAUCUUUAUUUCUGCAGUAAAGGCAUUUGUUUUUGCUGCUGUUAUUGAGUACUUAAUGAAUCAAGAGUUUUGUCCGUUAACUAAAGAGAGCACAACAUCUACAUUGACAGUUUCAGCUUACCAAGUAAUUCCUUGUAUUGGUACCCCAGAGCCAACAGUUGAAUAAUGUCUAGACUACUGGUAUUUUUGACACUUGGCUUCGAUGGAGGAACUCAGAAUGCUAGAUCAGGCCUCAAAUACAAACUUUACGCUAUGUCCUAUUCAAAAAUGAACAGCGGGCAGCCCUGUUUAAAGUGUAAAAGACCUCCAGGAGUUUCCAAAACUGAACCUUCAUAACUGCACUGCAGAUUGGGAACAAUGAAUGGAACAGUAUGUCAAUAAAAAUAUUUGUAUUGAA